AUGAACAAUACUAUUCCUUUGCUAACUUUGGGCAUCCAACCAACCAGUGGUAUUCAUGUACCUAUGCCUAAAUGGGAACCCUAUUUUCUUCAUCCUAUUCCGAAUAGCAAUUAUUCAACAGAGGUGAGGAAAAUUAGUUGUGGUGGAAAUUUUUUUGUGGUGAGAUUGUGGCCAAAACUCAAUUUUCAUGAAUCACACGUAGAGAAAUUGUACAUCAAGUUUGCAACAGCCAAGUCAAAUCAAUGCAAUUAUUUCAAACCCAUCAAAAACAGUUCAACAGAAAGCGAGUGCCAUUCCACAUUUUGGUUGGAUUACAAGUCGACAAUUGAUGAAUUGAAAUUGGGAAAUUGUUAUCAGGUGGAAGAUGUAUAUUGCAAUCAAGUAGGUGUACUAUUGCAAAUGAAGAAUAAUUUGGUCAUUAGAUUUGAUACUUCAUCAGAAAGGGUUUUCCAUCUCAAAAAGUUUGUGGAAAAUCAAAUUGGAAUUAGAGAAAUUAUAUGUGGACCUCUAUCUUUUCAUUUCCUUAUUCGUGGAACAGAUGAUGUGAUUUAUUAUUUCUCAACAGAUUCAACCAUUUAUUCGGAAGAAUUGAAAUUGAAUUUAGAUUUCAAAGAUAAGAAAUAUGUGACCUCUGCACUAAGUGGAAGAUCUUCAUUUGUUGUUUAUGAAGAACAAGAUGGAUCUCACCAAAUUCUAUGUCAUGGUGAUGAUCAAUUUUUAUCUCAAAGUGGACAACCAAGUGAAGUUUUCAGUCAACUUAAAACUCCAUUUCAAGGCAAAAGAAUUGAUCAAAUUAAAUGUGGAUAUUUCCAUACGAGUGUUUUAUUGGAGAGUGGAGAGGUUUACAUGUGUGGUUAUAAUGGUUAUUUCCAAUGUGGAGUUGUCGGUUCAGAUCAGUAUUUCAUCAAGAUUGACUUUCCAUUACUUCCAUAUGACUCCCAGAAUAGUAAAAUCUUUCAGCCCACAAGAAUUACAUGCUCAUCCAUUGCCACUGUAUUCAUUAAUAAGGAUGCUUUUGUAAUAGUUGGUGAUCCUGUCUCUUCCUUUGCUGUCAAGACUCCAUUUACAGAUAGUUCUAAACCAAACACAAUCUAUUGCAUUUAUCAUAAGUUUGGACCAGAGGAGCUACUACCAACAUUGGAAACCAAUAGUAUUGAAUGUGGAGGAUGGCACUUUGUUCUUUACAAGAAAAAGAUUUUGGAAAGCAAGUGUCUCAAAUAUUUCUAUGAAAAUUUGAAGAAAAAUAAUGGAAAUCGAGAGUUCUUUUCAUUUUCAGAUAUUAAAAUAAUUUAA